CUGGAAGAACACAAAAUAGGGAGUAGUAUUAAAAUUUAAAACUGAAUAAACCUCGGAAUCGGACAAGGUGUACACAUCAUAAAGUCACCUAGACACAACCUAUGUCUCUGUUCAAGUCUCUCAGAUGUCAGCAACAGCUCACAAUCUCCAUCUUUUUCCUAAAUGUAGUACACGUGAAUUCCUAUCCAGAAUGGCAUUUAUCCCAAUUAAGCACAUUCUUAAUACGUAAUUCUUUAUAAAUUUAUUCAAUUCUUGAUUCCCUCUCCGAAAGAGAUUACAUAGUUUAGUUAGUGUUUCUAUUAAUUAACUCUGCUUCCUCGUACUCAUCUUCGUGUCUUUAUCUUCUUUGAUCCUGCCAUCCUUGAACAUAAAGCGUAACAGGGUCACAGCAUUCAGAGCAUAAUCCAUCCUCAAGAUUGAAUUUUUGAUUCUGGGUCUUGUUUCUUUCAAGGAAGAAAAGCUAUGGCUGCAACAGAUGUAGUGGUUUUGGAACAUGGGAAAGUGUCUGAGAGCAAUAAUCAUGCCUGUUGCAAAAAGGGUCCUGGAUAUGCUACCCCAAUUGAAGCCAUGUCUGGUCCUAGAGAAGCUCUGAUUUAUGUCACCUGUAUUUAUACAGGAACAGGGAAGGAGAAGCCUGAUUACCUGGCUACAGUGGAUGUUGAUCCGAAUUCACCAACUUACUCUAAGGUCAUCCACAGGCUGCCUAUGCCUUAUGCUGGUGAUGAACUUCAUCAUUCUGGAUGGAAUUCCUGUAGCUCUUGCCAUGGAGAUCCUGCUGCUUCCAGGAGAUAUCUUGUCCUGCCUUCAUUGAUAUCUGGUCGGAUAUAUGCAGUUGACACACUAGCUGAUCCCAAGGCUCCAACUUUGCAUAAGGUUGUUGAGCCUGAUGAGAUCAUUCAGAAGACUGGUUUAGCAUACCCACACACCGCUCACUGUCUUGCAUCUGGUGAGAUCAUGGUUUCAUGCCUUGGAGACAAAGAUGGAAAGGCAGAGGGAAAUGGCUUCCUUUUGCUUGACUCCCAAUUUAACGUGAAAGGAAGGUGGGACAAACCUGGACAUAGUCCUCUAUAUGGGUAUGAUUUCUGGUAUCAACCCAGGCAUAAGACAAUGAUUAGCACUUCAUGGGGAGCCCCAUCGGCUUUUACCCAGGGAUUCAACCCCCAGCACGUUGCAGAUGGUCUUUAUGGCCGCCAUUUGCAUGUGUACAGCUGGCCUGAUGGUGAACUGAAACAGACAUUAGAUCUUGGUAACACUGGACUCAUACCCUUGGAGAUAAGGUUUUUGCACGAUCCCUCCAAGGACACCGGCUUUGUUGGAUGUGCCUUGACAAGCAACAUGGUACGAUUUUUCAAAAACCCAGAUGAUUCAUGGAGUCAUGAGGUCUCAAUAUCAGUCAAAUCCUUGAAGGUUCACAAUUGGAUCCUUCCUGAGAUGCCUGGUCUAAUAACAGAUUUUCUUAUUUCUCUUGAUGAUCGCUUCCUCUACUUGGCAAACUGGCUUCAUGGUGAUAUCAGACAGUAUAACAUUGAAGAUCCUAAGAAUCCCAAGCUCACUGGACAACUAUGGGUUGGAGGAUUAUUUAGAAAGGGUAGCCCUGUACUUGCUGAAGCUGAGGAUGGUACAAGAUACCAGGUUGACGUCCCAGACAUUCAGGGCAAGCAACUGAGAGGAGGGCCUCAGAUGAUUCAGUUGAGUCUAGAUGGCAAGCGGCUUUACGCCACAAAUUCACUCUUCAGUGCAUGGGAUCGGCAGUUUUAUCCUGAUCUUGUGCAGAAAGGAGGCCACAUAAUACAGAUUGAUGUUGACACAGAGAAAGGCGGUCUUGCCAUAAAUCCGAAUUUCUUUGUGGACUUUGGAGCUGAACCUGAAGGACCAUCUUUAGCACAUGAAAUGAGAUAUCCUGGAGGUGACUGCACUUCUGACAUAUGGAUAUAAGCAAUACUCAUUACCCUUUUCGUUCAAUUUUAAGUCAACAAGAUGUAAGCUGGUUGCAGCGCACAGCCAGCCACUUUACUGUAAUUGACAAUUUAAUCAUAUGUGGUUUAUGAUGAGUUUUUGAGUUAAAAAAUGGUUCAAAAAAAGGAGUAGAGAUAAAUAUAGGUCGAAUUUUGGGGAAGAGCAAAAUACCGAUAUCGGAUUCCUAAA